AUGACAUCAAAUCGUCACAGUGAGAACGGAUUUUCGAUGACGCAAGAUCAGAUUUUCAUCACUGAUGUUGGCACUGACACGAAGGAUAAUGCCUUUUUCUGGCUCUCAAUCGGAAGAUAUGUCUACGACUGCUCGUGGAAUGAAGUCACAAUACGAGCUCUGGAGCGUGAGAUAGAUCCAGACGCAAUGAUGAGCCCCGUUAUUUUACGUGGAUAUUUGUGGAAGACGGUUCCGACUAGGUACUGGCAGGUGUAUGACGGCCACCAGCUUGGCCCGCUACCAUCGCAACCGGGGCUAGACGAGCGGAUGAGUGACAUCUACUAUGGCGACAACAUAACUAGGCAGAUCUCGCCUACGACUAAUGCGCUUGCCGUACAACAGACGAAACGACGACCUAGUGGAAGGCGAGACCUACCUGAACAUCCCAAUGGAAGAUCGAAUCGGCAUCAUCUAUUCCGCCGUUCAGAAUUCUGCGAGGGUUCCCGGAGACGAGUUGGAAAUUCCCCGUCGAAGACCGAACAUUGCCUGACAAGGCAGCCCAGUGUGGACGGUCUAUUCUCUCCACGCGCCUGUCAGAAUGAAACGUUGGAGAUUUUGGAUAAAGCCUCCGCUCCAGUCAAAGAGGAAAGCAAACCCGAAUAUGUUGUCGAAAGCACGGACCAUGUGAGAAAGUGUUUUAUGGGACCUGAUUCUGGUGUUGAUCUGAGCUCGGAUGAGGACGACUCGGAUUUUUGUGAUAAAGAUUCCGAGAUUGACUCGCCUUGA